AGUGAGGGGCUCCCGAGUAAAGAGUCAACUAGAGUUGGUGUCUGUCGUCAUUCUUAGUUGUAUUCUAACACUAACAUAACAUGGUGUCAGAAACUGAGUGACGUUAGUGGUACGGUAGUAACGAGCAGUGUAACCGAGAAGAUUACAACGAAAAAGAAAAAGACGACGUAAGAAAAAAAAAAAAAAAAAAAAAUGGACGAACAACAACAACAGAGAGCAGCGCUGCCCCAAGUGCCUCAAUACUUCCCGCCAAGUAAAUUUGACUUUUCGAAACCAGAGGAAUGGCCAAGAUGGAGUACGCGAUUUAAUCGCUAUAGAAUUGCAUCUGGACUGGACAAGCAGUCUCAGGAAUUCCAGGUGAAUGCUUUUAUGUACUCGGCGGGGGAGGAGGCUGAGGACGUUUUGAAGGCGCUGCAGCUAACGGAGGAACAAAAGAAGUCCUACAACGACGUCACGGCAGCAUUCGAAAAACACUGCGUGAGUAAACGGAACGUGAUCUAUGAAAGGGCCUGCUUUAACCGGCGAUGUCAGCAACCAGGCGAGACUGUGGAGUCCUUUAUCACCGCCGUGCACACGUUAGCUGAACAUUGCGAGUUUGGUACUCUGAGGGACGAGUUAAUAAGGGACAGACUAGUUGUCGGGAUCCUAGAUGCGAGGCUGUCGGAGCGUUUACAGCUAGAUGCAGAACUCACCCUAGAAAAAGCCAUAACGCAGAUCAAGCAAAGUGCAGCAGUGAAAAAACAACAGCCGGGGCUGAGGGGGGCAGAGCCGUCAGCAGGUCAUGUAGAAGCAAUAACAAAGAACCAGAUGGGGCGAAAAGUUGAAUACAAUAAAACUCCCAUGGAAAGAGUGCAGACAACAGGGUGUGGCAAGUGUGGGAACACGAAAAAACACCCAUGGAAAGAGUGUCCUGCUCGUGAUGCCGAGUGUCACAAGUGCCACAAAAGAGGACAUUUUGCCAAAAUAUGCAGGUCAGCUAAAAGUGUGCACGACAUCAUACAGAGUGAGGAGGAGGAGUUUGAGUUUGCGUUCCUGGGCGAAGUGAGCUCAGAGGGAGAGGAUGAAUGGAUCGGAAUGCUACAGUUGAACGGACGAGAGCUGGCGUUCAAGCUGGAUACGGGGGCUGCUGUCAACGCGAUUCCCAGCAGUAUCUACUUCAGAAAAAUCCACGGGGCACUGCAACAGUCAAGAAAAGUGCUGUAUGGCCCAGGGCAACACAGACUUGAGGUUGAUGGAUGUUUUAAAGGGGGUCUGACGGCAAAGGGCAAAACAACCAGACAGGAUGUUUAUGUUGUCAAUGGACUGUCCAAGCCUCUGAUAGGCCUCCCAGCGAUCAAGGCCCUCGAUCUGGUGCGGCGUGUUGAUACAGUGGAAACACAGCAGAAGGACUUUAAAGCGCUGUUUCCCACUGUGUUCACCGGGUUAGGGAAAUUAAAGGAGCCCUACACCAUCGCCCUGGAGCCCGAUGCAGUCCCCUACGCUCUGUCCUCCCCACGCCGCGUGCCUCUUCCCCUCUGCGACAAAGUCAAGAAGGAACUGGAUCGCAUGGUCGACAUGGGUGUCAUCUCCAGGGUGACACAACCCACACCCUGGUGUGCUGGCUUAGUCGUAGUGCCGAAGCCCAACGGCAAGAUGCGGCUGUGCGUAGACCUAACCCAUUUAAACGGGUGGAUUCAGAGGGAGAGAUACAUCCUCCCCGCUGUCGACCACACCCUGGGCAUGCUGGCCGGGGCGAAAACGUUCACAAAGCUGGACGCCACCUCCGGCUUCUGGCAAAUCCCGCUAGCAGAGGAAAGUAAGCUGAUGACGACAUUCAUCACCCCGUUCGGACGGUACGCGUUCAACCGCUUGCCGUUCGGGAUUUCCUCUGCACCUGAACAUUUUCAGCGGCGGAUGUUGCAGAUGCUGGAGAGCUGCGCAGGCGCAGUGUGUCACGCGGACGACAUUUUGGUUUACGGGGACAGCCAGACCCAGCACGACGAGAGACUCUGUCAGGUCCUGAAGAAGCUCCAGGAGGAGGGACUAACAUUGAAUGGGGAGAAGUGUGAGUUCAGCAAGAACAGCAUCACUUUCCUGGGCCACCGAGUCUCCGUGGAUGGUGUGACACCGGACAUCGAAAAGAUCAAAGCCAUACAGGAGAUGCCUGCACCGACGGACGUCGAGGGGGUGAAGAGACUCAUGGGGAUGGCCAACUACCUCAGCAAGUUCCUGCCGCACCUCGCGUCAUACACACGCCCAAUCAAAGACCUGCUGUGCGGAAAGAACGAGUGGUGCUGGGAAGCGCCACAAGAAGAGGCUUUCAAAAGACUCAAACAGGAGCUCAGCUCCACACAGGUGCUGGCUGCCUACUCACCGACAGCGGAGACGUGCGUGUCGGCGGACGCCUCAUCCUUUGGUCUCGGGGGCGUCCUCACCCAGCAGCAGUCAGACGGAGCCUGGAGACCAAUCAUCUUCAUCUCAAGAGGUAUGUCAGACACCGAAAGACAUUACGCUCAGAUUGAAAAGGAAGCUCUGGCAGCUACGUGGGCGUGUGAGCGUCUGUCCUCCUACCUGCUGGGACUGAAAUUCAGGUUGGAGACAGACCACAAGCCCCUAGUGCCAUUGCUUAGCACCAAGGCUCUCGACGAACUCCCACCGAGAGUGCUGAGGUUCAGGCUGAGGCUUCUGAGAUUCUGUUUCGAUAUCGUGCACGUGCCGGGGAAGAGCUUGAUAACAGCGGACACGUUAUCCAGGGCCCCAAUCCAACACACAUUCACGGCGGAGGAAAAGGAGAAAGAGGCCGAGGUCAAAGUGUUCCUGGACGCCGUCACUCAGAGCUUCCCCGCUACAGAGCACCGUCUAAACGACAUCGCAGCAAAGCAGAAAGCCGACCCAAUCUGUGCGCAGCUGAUCAGAUACUGUGAGACUGAAUGGCCUGAGAGACAUGCGUUGCCCCAAGAGCUGGCUCUCUUUUGGCCUGAAAAAGGCAACCUCACCAUGAAUGGACAGCUGCUCCUCCGAGGCCAACGCAUCGUCAUUCCAGGUGAGCUGAGGGGGGAAGUCUUACAGCAGCUACACAGUGGGCAUCAAGGGGUCGUUAAAUGCCGAGCUAGGGCCCGCCAGGCGGUCUGGUGGCCAGGACUGUCGAGCCACAUCAGACAGAUGGUGGAGAACUGCAACACCUGUUCACAGCAUCGUGCAGAGCAGAGAGAGCCGCUGCUGACGACAGCAGUGCAGGAGAGACCCUGGCAACGUGUCGGCACGGACUUGUUCUUUUGGAAAAAUAGUACAUACCUGCUAGUAGUGGACUAUUUUUCACGCUACAUAGAAGUAGCACACCUCGAAGUAGCUACUGCGGAGACAGUAGUGGCUGCUCUCAAGGACGUCUUCAGUCGCCAUGGGACACCAGAGACGGUCUUCUCCGACAAUGGGCCGCAGUACAGCGGUUCAGAGUUCCAGACCUUCGCCAGAGCAUAUGGAUUUGCUCACGUCACCGGCAGCCCCAGAUACCCACAGGCCAACGGCGAGGCGGAGCGGGCUGUUGCCACAGUCAAAGGGCUGUGGAAAGGAGGCGGCGACAAGGCCAGGGCGCUGCAGACAUACCGCGCCACGCCGCUGGAGAGUGGCUACUCUCCAGCACAACUCCUAAUGGGGAGACAGAUCCGCUCUGACAUUCCCCAAGUUCCCGCUGCACUUCGUCCUCGGUGGCCAGGCAUUAGGCAGUUCCGGAAGGAGGAAAGGCGAGCGAAGGAGAAACAGCAGCGCCGGUACAACCAGCGCCACAGAGUCCGGGUCCUGCCGCAGCUGCAGUCAGGCCAAGAGGUUUGGCUGCCGAAAGAAAACAAACACGGGACAGUGGUGCAGAAAGCGUCUACACCGAGAUCCUACAUUAUCAACACUGAAGAGGGCUCACUUAGGCGUAAUCGCACACACAUGCGCCCAAUUCACAACACACAGACGCCUGACACACAAGACUACACAGAGCACACUCCAGAGCCAGGUGGAUCUGGUCAAAGAAAACUUUGUAUUGUGCCACCUGAAGCAGAAGGUUACACAGGCCGUUACCUCAGUGCAGUAGGACGUGGGAAGUCAGCACUGUACAUUGUACCGGUUCAAGGCAAUCUGGAUAUGACACCCCUUCCAAACUGUGCAAAGGAAUUUGAAAGGAUGCCAAAAGCGACGUGCCAUACCUGCUCAGUGGGCAUGCCGGUUCAAUUACUAGCAGCGCAUGUGGCAUUUUGUGGAAGAGACAAGAUCUUAGACGUCACCAUUGAACGGACUACUGACUGUCUGGAGUUCCCAGAAAACAGUGACACUACACAGGAAAACUCCUCAGACAGCAUAGACCUGUUUCUGAAAGACUCCACAGAACUCCCUUCGAUGUCCAAGGUUCCCAGUGUCAAAGUGACCUGUCCAAUUUGUCAGCAGCUGUAUCUCACAGAAUGUAUUGAAGCCCAUGCAAGCUUCUGUGGUGAAAGAGCUUCUAUGGCCAUCAGCUUAGUUUCCGCUGACAAGGACACUGAUGGUACAGAGAUAUGCCCAAAACGGCGCCGACACCAAGACAUUAAAAGCAUUGCUGACAUCAUCCAAAGCAUAGCUGACAAGGUGGAUCCAGCAACAACCUUUCACAUCUGCAUUACGAGGGACCAGAUGCUGGAAAGAGGCAUGAAACUGUGGCAACGACAAAAUAAAUCUUCCCCCAAAAACCUUCUUACAGUUUCAUUCAUAGGAGAGGCUGGCAUUGACAGUGGUGCCCUGAGGAAGGAAUUUUUAACUGAAAUGCUGGCAGGGAUCGAGAGGAGUUUUUUUGAGGGGGGCAUUGAUGGCAAAGUACCAAAGUACUCAAUGACCAACUUUGAAAAAUACAACUUCAAGACUAUUGGAGAAAUAUUUGCUGUGAGUCUCGCACAAUGGGGACCACCACCAAACUUUUUAAUGCAGUGGUGUUACAGCUACAUAUCCACUGGUGAAUUUGACCAGGGAUCAAUAACUGAAAAGGACGUUGUGGACCUGGAGCUCAUGGAACUAAUAAAAGAGAUUGAGGCUGCUGACAGUGAACUCCUGAUGGCAUACACAGACAGGAUUUUGUCAUGUGGAUACACAGGGCCUGUGUCCAUUGAAAAAAAGGAUGACAUUGUGCGCUCUUUAGUUCUACACUCUAUAGUCAGGUUACUGCCCAUGCUCCAACAAAUCUCCUCUGGAAUGAAACUGUAUGACCUCCUCACCUUAGUCCAGCAGGAAAACGACAUCUGCAGACAGCUUUUUGUUCCAGGAUCAUUUUGCAAGGUGGAUGCUGAUUUUCUUGUGCAGUCCCUAUCCCCUGUCUUUAGUGAGAUUGGCACAAUGAGACAUCAAAGAGAGUCCACAGUGGUCAACUUUCUCCAAGACUUUGUACAGGCUAUGGAGGAUGAAGAAGAGGAUGAACACAACUCGGAGACCAGAGAAGAAGAUGAGGUCAACAAGGCUGAAAAACAAAACAAUGAGACACAUAUUAAUGUUGGCAAGUUCUGCCAGUGGCUCACAGGACAGUCUCAUAUAUGCAGAACGUAAACAGUUUAAAAUAGUCAUGGAAUUUGACCAUGACUGUGAGGUUCGUUAUGGUGCAAAUCAUACCAUCUGCUAUCCUGUGGUUAAUGCAUGUUCCUGCUCAGUUUCAUUCCCAGUUGCACACCUGAGAACAUAUGUAGAGUUCAAAACAGUACUCUCUCAGGCCAUUGUCAAUGGCUUUGAAUUUAGCCGGUAUUACUAAAUAAAUAAAUGGGUUAUACUUGUAUAGUGCUUUUCUACUUUCAAGGUACUCAAAGCGCUUUGACACUAUUUCCACAUUCACCCAUUCACACACACACACUGAUGGCGGGAGCUGCCAUGCAAGGCGCUAACCAGCAGCCAUCAGGAGCAAGGGUGAAGUGUCUUGCCCAAGGACACAACGGACAUGACUAGGAUGGUAGAAGGUGGGGAUUGAACCCCAGUAACCAGCAACCCUCAGAUUGCUGGCACAGCCACUCUACCAACCUUGCCACGCCGCCCCUUGAGGGGUUUAAGUUUAAGGAGGAGACCCACUGUGCAAUGAGUGGUCCAGAACAUGUCUAUAAGGCGUCAUCAAUAAAACCUACAGGAGAUGUCCUCAGGGAGGCCACAGUGACCACACUAUGUCUUUCCAUGGAGGUCUUGUCUUAAUGUGAAAUGAACGGGGGGAGUGGAAUAAAAAAUUGUGACUUCACAUUGAAUCAAAUCUAAACCUCCUGCAUGACAGGUGAGAUUUCUACCAUCUGGACCACCAGUGCAUCCGAGGUAACAUUGAGUCUUGUAAGCAUCACAACACAGAUAUGAGAUGGUUACUAAGGUAUUGUAAAACUCAAUGUUACUAAGGAAGCACUGGUGGGUGAGUGGUAGGAGUCCCACUUGUCAUGCAGGAGAUUUAGGUUCGAUUCAAUGUAAGUAGAGAGAUGAUGCCUUGGAGAUGUGUUUUGGAUCAGUCUUUGCUCAGUGGGGAUGAAUGAACUCCAAACUCAUUGUAUGCGCAGUCGUUUCACAUGUUCAUGGCAGACAAUGUUCGUUUGUCAAGUUUGGGUCAGUCGGAUCAAUGAGAGUUUGGAGUUCAUUCAGCUCCUCCUCAGUUAGAGGGCAAUCAUAUUCAGGCACCACAAUGCCAGUUUCAGGUUCCGAGUCGUUGCCAUUAUAAUCAGCCGCAGUCUCCCAAUCAAUGUCCGGCUCUUGAAGAUCCUAUGUGCCAAAAGAGAGUAUUUUAGUU